AUGAUGACGACUAAGAACUUGAAACUCUUACUCUUCUUCGUAUCCAUCUCUCUCCUCCUCAUCGCGGUCGUCAACGCAGCCGAAGGCCAUUCACAUGGCGGACCGCAAUGCGAAUGCUCACACAAAGACGACGAAGAAAACAAAGCGGGAGCUCGAAAGUACAAGAUCGCCGCAAUUCCUUCCGUUCUAGUUGCCGGCGUACUCGGAGUUCUUUUCCCUUUGUUAGGCAAAGUCUUCCCUUCUUUGCGUCCCGAAACGUCUUUCUUCUUCCUCACGAAAGCUUUUGCCGCCGGAGUUAUCCUAGCAACCGGAUUUAUGCACGUCUUACCCGAGGCUUACACGAUGCUUAACUCACCUUGUCUCACGUCAGAAGCUUGGGAGUUUCCAUUCACAGGGUUUAUUGCCAUGAUCUCUGCUAUCUUGACCCUGUCCGUCGAUACAUUUGCCACUUCGAGUUUCUAUAAAUCUCACUGCAAAGCGUCCAAGACGAUCAUUGAUGGAGAAUCUGGCGAGCCUUCCGUCGACUCCGUCAAAGUCCAAGUUCUCCGGACUAGAAUUAUUGCACAGGUGUUGGAGUUGGGAAUAAUAGUACACUCAGUGGUAAUAGGAAUAUCACUCGGAGCUUCACAAAGCCCAGACGCUGCAAAAGCUCUCUUUAUUGCAUUAAUGUUCCAUCAGUGCUUCGAAGGCCUUGGCCUUGGUGGUUGUAUUGCUCAGGGAAAAUUCAAGUGUUUGUCAGUAACAAUAAUGUCGACGUUCUUCGCCAUAACGACACCAAUAGGUAUCGUUGUUGGUAUGGGCAUAGCUAAUUCGUAUGAUGAGUCUUCACCAACGGCUCUGAUCGUUCAAGGAGUAUUGAACGCAGCAUCAGCAGGUAUUCUCAUCUACAUGUCUCUGGUCGACCUCCUCGCAGCAGAUUUCAUGCACCCUAAGAUGCAAUCCAAUACUGGGCUUCAAAUUAUGGCCCAUAUUGCUCUCCUUCUUGGUGCUGGCCUCAUGUCUCUAUUGGCCAAAUGGGCUUAAUGAUAUUGUUCCUAAUUAUUCAUCUCUUUCAGUUUUGUUCAUAUGGCCUUUAAUGGCAAUCGUGUGAUUUGUUCUUUUUUUUUAUUUUUCUACUCGUUCAAUUUAUAUU